GCAGCAGAGCUCGGAGACGCGCCUUACCGCGUAGGGGAGUGGAUGGCGGCAGAGGGUCAUGAAGGUAAUCACUGCCUUUGAGCGGGGUUCCGGGGGCUCUCACCACGCACGGCGCGCGCCCUGCACAUCAAUAAUUCAUCGCGAGCAGCAGCGGCGGCGGCGGAGCGGGAGGAGGAGGGCGCAGCGCGCAGCGGCUCCCGAGCUCGUGGCUUUGAAGAGCGCUCGCCGGCUCGCCGCCAUGCCCCGCUCGGCCGGCGCUUCGAGACGGGCUCACGAGGAGGACGAGGGAGGAUGAAGGAGGGAGCGGCACGGGGCGAGGCAGAGGCAGAGGCAGCGGGCUAUAAUGAAGUGGAGCGGCCGCGGAGUGUGCGCCGUCGCGGUCUCCGGCACCCUGCUCUUCACGUGCGCCGCCAGCGCCGCGGUCGUGGGCUUCAAGUGCGUGGCGCUGGGCGCGCGCGUGCGAGCGCGCUUCCACCUGGGCAGGGCGGCCGGCGCCUUCUACUCGGGCAUCCUGCUGGCGCUGGGCCAGGCGCUGCUGUGCGCAGCGCUGGUUUGCUGUCGCCGGCGCGGCGUCUCGUGCGGGAACUUCUUCCUCGUGGGCCUGCUGGUGUUCGUGCUCGGUGUACUCACGGCCUUCUCGGGCGCUGUGGUGGACGGCGACGCCGUGGCGCUGGUGGAGCGCAAGUACGCGCGCUACUGCUCGGACGCGAGCGCGUCCAGAGGCGCGAGUGCGGCGGAGGCGGAGGUGCGCGAGGCCUGCGACGCGCUCCGGGACUACCAGCGCGCACUGCUCGCCUCCGCCGUCCUCAACGCGCUCGAGUGCCUGCUCGGUCUGCUCAACCUGCUGCUCGUUAAGCGCUGCCAGAACGCGCGCUUCUACCGGCGGCAGCGGCGGCGGGAGCGCGCACGCGGCCCUCUCACCGGCGGUGGCGGCGGCGCUGUAGGGACCCUCGUGGUGCUAAGCGGGGACGAGCGGGACCUGGCCGCGGCGCCCUCGCCGGCCUUCCGCGCCUACGUCAACACAGCGCUGUGCCGCGGGGGACCGGAUGAGGGCGGGGCGGAGGUGCAGCGCAGCGGACACCCGUCCAGCGAACUUCCGGGCUACUCGCCCAGUGACCCGGAGCUCAACCAUUCUUACCCGUUCUCCUACCCGCUGCCCAACGAGUCCCCCCCGGCCUACGAGGACAUAUUCCCCGGGGAGGCCAGAGAGCAGAGAGCGAGGGCGGAGAGCUAGGGCCGUAGGGCACGUGCGCGUGCAUUGACAAUCUAAAAACCCUGGAGCUCCUAACACGUCCACUGGGAACGAACCAGCAAUCAGCUCUCUCUCUCUCUCUCUCUCUCUCUCUCUCUGAUGGCAAAACGCUGAUUGCGUUCAUGUAUUGCACUUUUUCUUGCCUGGGAUGUUGGCAAAACAUGUGAUAUACACAAUGAACUGGCUUUUUCCAAACCAGACUGACGUGGUAAGAGAGAUAUAUAGAUGAUAUCUAAGCAGCAAAUCAUUAUAUAAAGAGGCUAUUUCAGUAUCUGCCUUCGUUUUGGAUCACUGACUGAUGACUGAUUGAUUGGUUGGUAGAUUGGUUGAUUGUACUCGCCCAUCUUCUGCCCAUGUAGUUUGUUGAUGUCAUUCCCUUGUUUUCCUACAUUUUGCCUUCGUUUAGAUCAUAAAUAAAAAGAAAAGUGGA